GAAGCAAACGCAAGUCAUCACUUUCUUCCAGUUCUAUAAGCAAAAGACCGCGCACGUUCACGGCUGCCAACGGAGUGUUUCCUGACGUCAAUUAUUUCGUUGAACCUAAAGAAGCGGUCGAACUUUUGACUAAUUUUAUUGUUGAGGGAAAGUUCUGUCUUUUGCAUGGACAUAGACAAAGUGGCAAAACUACCGUCAUUCAAGCCACGGAACGGCAUCUCCAAAAAAUAUCAUCAUCAAUCAAUAUACGUGGUUUUACACCUGGUCUCGAAGUCUAUAUUAUAUCUUUCAACGCGGGCAUUGAUGUCGAAAACGGUGUUUCUAGUUUCUGGGAAUCCCUAUGCCUCAAAAUGCAAGCCAGAUAUCCCAAUCGGUUCCAUUUUGAUCAGAAUCAGAAUCAAAAAGUAACAGCAGCCAUGUUCGAGACUUUCUUUCGAAGAACAGCAGACUCGUUGCCCACAGUUCUCCUGAUUGAUGAAGGUUCCUUCUUAGUCAACCGUAAUGUUGCAAUAGUUGACGAUUUCAUUGGCACGUUGCGUCUUCUAAGGGAUGGUCGCAAUGCAUACUGUCUGCAUUCUUUCAUACUCGCAGGUGUUGAGACCGUCAAGGAGCUUUUGGUUCCUCAACGGUUAUCCAGUUCUGUAGGUAGUAUCUCGCCAUUCACACGGGAGGCAACCAUUAUACCAGGACGUUUUAUAGAAGCAGAUAUCCGGAUACUUCUUGAUGAAUACACUAAAGAGGCCUCAGUUGUGCUCGAUUCAGUUGCCUUUGCUCAGGACAUUUACCAGCGUACCCUUGGACACAAAGGGCUAGUUGGCACAUGUUGUGCAGCAAUUGAGAAGAAAGUUGCACUAGGAAAGCGCUUUGUAUCCAUUGAUGAGUGGGAGCUGUAUGCCGUUGCUAAUCUUCUUAGAUACAUACGUGAGCAAGAUACAUAUGCGUCUAUUGUUCAAACAUUAAGACAACUCUCUGAAAAACACAGAGAAAUCGUUGGGUUAACCCUACGUUAUGGAUCGGUUAUAGUUAAAGAGUGUGAUGAAUUGAAAUUUCUCCUGGCUGAAGGGAUUGUAAGAGUUCAGGAGAGCAAGGAAGAAUUACUCGUUUCACCUCAGCAUACGAUAAUUGAGUGUGCUGCACCGUUACUGCGCUCUAUUAUGAUUUCAGAAUUGAGUGGGCCUGAAAUUGAAAUUGGGGUGGCACCGGAUCCUCAUAAAGUUUGUCCUCGAUGGCUUAUUGCACGUACUAUUGAGAACCUUGGUAUCCAGCAUAUUUUCGCUAAACAGACGCUCAAUGCUAAUGACCAGCCAUCAGAGUAUGCGUUCCAAGUUGAAAUUGCUGCCAUUUUUAAACAACUACUUUCCAAGGCUUAUCCAACAUUGAUGUAUCAUGUUCUCCCCGAGGCUAAAGAAUAUGAUGAGGAUGGCUCCCGGCGUAAACGGCUGGAUAUCCUUGUUCGCGAUAGUGGUUUACCAGCUUAUGGUUAUGAACUUAUGGUCGAAGCGAAUGAAAAUGUUUUCAAUAGUCAUUGUGAACGAGCCUACAAUUAUGGUAGGGUUCAUCAAUGCUACAUGAUGGUGGUUCAUUUUAGUGAAAGUGGGAGACUUGCAACAUAUUUCGGACCUGGCUAUGAGAAUGUGACAGUGAUGCAUGUUGUCUAUGAUGUAAUGCAAGGGAGUGCAAGAUUGAUAUAUCAAGACAGAGAGGAAUUGGUUCAUAUCAAAGGCGUUGAUUGGAAAGUGAUGUUCACAUCAUAG